AUGAGGUCUUCCAGGUACCUCCUGGACCUACAACGGAGGAGUGGCCGCCUUGAGCACCACCCACCCUCGCCGCCCCCAGCCGAAGGCAGUGUGCCCCUCGGUACUUCCGCCUAUCCCGCGGCCGAGGGCAGCGUGUCGGCUCUGUCUGUCUCAGCUCAAGGGGAUGAUGCUGUCUUUGAAGAUGGUGAUUCCCAGGCCAACCUGAAUGAAGUCGGCCAGGUGACCUCCUCCGAGGACCAAGGGCCGAAUCAGACAAGCAUCACAAACCCACUUGCUGCCUCACCGUCUACGUUUAUGUCCGCAACGGAUGGAAGGACAUUUUACCUUGGCACAACGUCAAAUUGGUCCUUCUCCGGCAAACUACUCCAGAUGGCGUACGAGUAUCUACACCAAGCUCCCCUGCCACCCAGUAUGCUGCUUUUCGAUGGUAGUGCCUACGACCUGGGAUGGAAAAGUGAUGGUCAGCUUGGCUCGAGUUUAGAGUCGGUGGACAAGGACACACCGCCCCUAGCCUUGCCGAGUCUCGACUACUCCGAAUAUCUCAUCAACGCAGUCAAAUUCCACUGUGGUCAGAUAUUUCACCUGUUUGACGAUGACGAUUUCCAUCGGCGCCUCCAGCAAUUCUAUGCCGAACCCAACCGCCGUGUCGCGCGCGAAAAGGCGGGUCUGUGGUACAUUCAUUUCCUACUCGUCCUGGCUUUCGGGAAAAUAUUCGUCAUGAAAAAGCCCCUUGGGAAAAGACCAUGUGGUGCAGACUUCUUUCUCAAAGCCAUGCAGAUCCUCCCGCCUCCACACAUGCUCUGCCAGGAUCCAGUUGUCGCGACCGAAAUGUUGUGCUGCGUAGCGCUUUAUCUUCAGUCUGUUGACCAUCGCAAUGCCGCACAUCUUUUUAUUGGCCAAGCCAUGCGUACCGCUCUUGCCUAUGGGAUGCAUACGGAUAUGCCGUCCAUCCAAGACGGUGAUGUCCACUGCUGCCUACCAGCAUUUCAAGGCUCUGCCCAACGGACAGCCUCUCUUGACCUGCACAUUAAGCUGGCCCGUUUGAUUGCCGAAGUCAACAACACUGUGUAUGGCGUGAAUGGCAGGCCAAAUAAGAAUUUCCUAAUCAGCACCAAGGCGGCACUGGAAAAUACAGCAGUCUUGGCGACCUUUUGUUGCCUGAAAAUAAGGCUUGAGUCGCCGAUGGGCUCAAAGCCUUCCAUACCAGACCGCUUCAGCACCGUGCUGCAAGUUUGUAUGGAGGCCGCUCAACAGAUCAUUAUAAUCCUAGAGAGCCUGCAGGCACAGGGUCUUCUCGACCUUGACCCCCUAUACGUCUCGUCUACAGUUUUACUCGUCGGGGCAGCUGUCGACAAGAGCCUCCUUGUAGACCGCGACCCAUGGGUGCGGAGAUGCCUGGCAUUGCUGGAGGACAUCGAAUCAAGCGGCAACCUGAUUUCCAGCUGGCGUAAGUCAGAGAUCCAACAGCUGGACAAGAUGUUGGCAGCAAUCUCGGAUGACACAAGCAUCAAGCCCGCGCGUUCUUCGGUUGGUUCCGCUCCCGCCGGGAAUGUUGGGGGUCCCUCAUUUCAUGGCAGCAUAUUCCAUCCAGAGGCAGCCAGUAAUACUCUUAACAAUCCGGGUCUGUAUCCUAUGCCUCAACCGGGUCCACUCGAUGUGCCUACUACCACUAUCGGAGGCGGUGAUGACCUAUGGGCGGAUCACAUACUGGCCAUUGCUAGUUCUAUCCAGGACGAGGAUGCGGAAUGGAUAGAUCGCGCUAUAGUGGACAAUAGUAUCUGGUAG